CAGAUAGAAUCUUUCAAUUAUUGAUCGCAGAACUAUUGUUAUUCAUUGUAGUACAUAGAAAUACACAUCAUAUGAAGCUAUGGUCCUGUGGUUUCCGAGACUACUCCUUCACGACAUGCCGGCAGACGGCUGGCAUGACGACAGCGCAAGGUGAGGUGUAGGACGAUCAACGUAUCAGGCUCACGAACCGCACGAGCGUCUCGCGCCCACGCGCACGUCGUCAAAAAUUUCUUCCCGAAGAAUCAAAGCCCAACAAGAUCAUCCCCGUGCUCGAUUUCUACGUACGAACGCUCCUACGUACCUCGGCAACGCAUCAUCAACAAAACACCAACCAAAUGAACAUUCGAACAACACAGCAAGGCUAAUCAGUAGAGCAAAUUCGAACUCCUUGUGAUCAUUUUUCCUUCCGUACACCUACAACAUCAAAAUCUUCUUCCAUAACGCCAUCCUCAUAGUACUACCACUAGUAGCCGCGACAAAAUGGCAGCCGAAGAAGUUUCGGAUGACACGAAGGACCCUACGAUGGGUAACAACCCCGUUGUAGAGGAUUUUUCUAUACUGAAGCAGGCUUUGAGUAACGUCAAAACGGUUUUGACACCCUACGAUUGGAUCGAAUUCGCGCAGGAAUUUAUGACCACCUUCUUCAUCAAUCCUUCCUCAGAAGCAUCUUCUAUAUAAAUCAAUAAUUUUGCAUGCAUAACAAGCAUGCAUGGCCAAGAUACUACAUAUUGACCUCCAAGUUAAUCAAGAUUAACUAUCGGAAAAAAAAAAGUUCAGUUCUAGAAGAGGAUGAUGGAUUUCCUCUAAGGAGUACGAGACGCAACGUGGCUUGCGUGUCAGGCUGGAGAGGCAAGAGCGGGAAAGGAGGAUAAAGACAGGCGAAGAAAGCGACGACGAGACCGUUCCGGAGGAUGAGCUAGUGUACAAGAAGAAGAUGGACACCUUGGCGCAUGCUGAGCAUCUCAAAUCAAGGAUUGUGGAAGUCCAGAACUACUUUUCCGAUGUGGCGCAUGCGUUGAUGCAAUGCCAUUCGCAUAUAAGUACUCACACUGAAUACUGUUUAUUAUCGUUAUUUUUUAUGCAGUAGAGUAGAUCGGUAGAAGGUGAUACUUGUCUUACCUGUGUCAUCGGUUUCGAUGUUGUGAUACCUCAAAUUUUCGCCAUACUGUUAUUAUUUUUUAUGCCGAUAUCGUUUUUAGCUAAAAUGUCACCUACAGAGGCGCCGUCGUAUUGCUGCUAUCACCCAUUCUUGGUGUAGAGCGAUCGUGCUGUUCAAGAAGAAAAAGAGAGCCAGACGAUUCCUGAGAUGAAUUCCCUAUUCCUCUAACCCAAGCACCAGUGCUGCUUUAUCUACAAUUCCCUACACCUCUACUAACUUAAUCUUCAUCUACCAUUCUGUACACAACUAUGAAACCAAAAUCUGUCAUCAUUAUCGUACUUUUCUACUUAAGAAACUUGAUAAUGAUAACAGAUUUUCGUUUCAUAACAACCACAUUACAACUGAUACACAUCAGCCGACAACCCGUCGAACAGUGAGACCCAUUCUAUCCACAAUCACAUUACAACAUACACAUCAGCCGACAACCCGUCGAACAGUGAGACGUUCGUUGCUGUGAUGCGGUUUGUACCGAAGAACUCGCGUGAUGCAGUGGAGAGGCUGACUGAGAAGAAUGCUGAAUUGACAAAGCAGAUUCAGGUUAAGGCUACCGCUGAAGCAUCCUCAACGUCAUCCUUGGCUCCUUUUCUACUUGAAAAAGGCACGAAGGAUGCUGCCAAGGAUGCCCAUGCGGUAGCUCUAAUCAGGAGUACGAUGCGAAGCUCGAGGAAAUAUCCGAGUACAACGAGAAGCGACAGAAUACCCUUCUGGGCAAGCAUCAAACAGCCUUUGAGGAUAGGAAACAAUCAAGACUGAUAAGAAAUGUCUUUUCGGCGAUGAGGUACUAUUUUGGAGUUUGUUGCCUGAGCAGAUGAAGAUUACAAUAAGUACGUUGAUGUCCUAGUUACAUCCUUUUCCUGACUUCUGUAUGCAGGGGCAGAUUGUCAUGCUUACUUCUUUUACAUCUUGAUGACUGGUGGAUCUUCACAAUGAUAUUCCUUACAAUUAUUUCACAACGACCUAUAUCGUAUAGCCAGUCUAGAAGGUGUACGUAUAAAUCGCAACCUCCUUUAUUUCCUCCAACCAAAAAAACUAAGUCCAGGUGCGACCUGCAGACAGAGUGGAUCACUAGACAUCGUAUUGAGGUUGCUCACCUUCGAAAGGAGACUAAGGAGCAAAAGAAGACGAUUAAGCAUCUCAACGACGAAUUGGAUUCGGCAACGAAGCUCUUGGAGACCUUCAAGGCGAAGCAUGAGAGACAGGUGAGGAAUUUUUCAUAUACUCGGUUACAACCUUAUAUUAUAUCUACAAUCAUCUAGAUCUGGGUUACAACCUUAUAUUAUUUGACUGCUUAAUUAGUUUUAGCAGUUAAGUAGCAGGAUACUUUAGGAUACUUGUUGAUAGUUACCCUUUAUUUCUCUUUUAUAUCUUCCUCUGGUCUGUCUUUUUUCUAGUUAGGUAGUUUGUUAGGUCCACCACGAACAUAUACUGAACCAAGUUGAGAACAAUCUUUUGAUUGUGUUCCUUACAACAACCUCAGCACAACUCUAAGUACAACAACUUUUAAAUACAUGUCCUCUCCCAACAAGAACCUCGGACGAAGCAACAUGCACCCCACCGCCCUUUCUCUGCUCCCCUACAAGUGCUCACCGCUGACGACAGGUAAAAGUAGCCGCUGAACAGCUUGCCAAGUUAACGCAAAUGGAGGAAACGCUUGACCAGUUAACGUCCAAGAUCCGCAUGCUGGAGCAGGAGAAGCGCAAUUUGGAGAUCUCCCUGAAGGACGAAAUUUCCCGAAGAAAGGAUGCAGAAUACGGAUUAGAAAGAGCCCAAGAAGAUCUAGCCAGAAAAGCCGAAGAGCUAGCGGAAGUCACCCAAGCAUACGAAGAAACACACGCAAGAGCAGAGCAACUUUUAUGUUCUUGGCAGACUAGAUUUGGAGUGACUAAGUAUAGAAACAAAUAGAUCACAAGAAGGAGAUCAUCCGCGUCUUGUUCCCAUGAUCGGUCUUCUUUAUUCGAUCUUUUCGAGGUCGAUGUGGACGUGGUCUUAAAACUACCGCUAUUGAAGCGCAUCCACUCAUUUUUGCUAUUUUUCCAAGGAAGUUCCUGCAAAGAUGAAUCUGAAGUUCCUCUAACCCCUGGGAAGGACCUGGACAAUACCAAGCUCGCAUUAGUCCAGGAGCAAGAGCAACGCGAGUUGGAGCGACGCGACAGCGAGAAAUUCAAAAAACAAAUGGUCACAAAGAUCAAGCAACUGGAAAAAGACUAUGCCGAACUGGAAGCCGACAUGACCGAAAAGGUCUCCACAUUGACAUCGCAAGUGACGCAUUUGAUUAAGGCUGUACCUAAUACAUCUUUGGACGCUGCAUCCUUGAUGAAACGUAUGGACAAGGAGUAUCUACCCUAAGGGAAUGAUACUCUCCUCCAACCAUACUUAUUGUUCUCAACGAUCAUGCACUUGAAAGAUGAAUUACGGACAGCUCAUCUAAUUUGACCGGAGAAAACGCGCAUCUGACAGCUCGUGUCGCACAUUUGGAGUGGGAAGUGGAGGACACGAUAAGGCAGUGGAAGGAAAACGUGGCGCAGGUCAAUUAAGGAUCAUACUUCUGCUUUCUUAUUCUUAGUUAGAAGUCUUGUAACAAUUCAUUGGAUUCAGUCGUGUUCAUCUUUCUUAGGUAGAAGUCUUGUAACAAUUCCAAGGAUUCAGUCGUGCUCAUCUUUCUUAGGUAGAAGUCUUGUAACAAUUCAUUGGAUUCAGUCGUGUUCUUGGAUUCAGAAUUGGUGAAGAGAUGAAUUACUGCUGUCAUGAGCUCAUCUAAGUUAAGAGGGAAGCAGCAGAGGAGCUCGACAGAAGAAGCAAGGAGAUCUAUGCCGCAUUCGCGCAGGAAAGGGAGACGCAUAUGAGAAGACUCAAAAUCCAAAACUACGAGUUAUCCAAACGCGACCUAUAUUGCGGAGAGGCAAUGGAUUUGAAUCCUCUGCCAGUGCCAGAGCUGUUUUCUGGAGGCAUACCAGAAGGAGAUGAAAAUUUAUGUCACUUGGAAGUGGGACGUUCUUGGAUUCAUUUCUCUUCUUUUCCGGAAAAUCAGCUUGAAGUAAGUUGAAGUUCUUUUAUUAUACCGUAUAAUGAUAGAAUAAUUUAUAGAACGGAUGUAGGAUGGACUUGGAUGGAUCGGAUGGACCCCCCUAAAUCUUCCGGUCCUCCUUGAAAUGGUGGGAAGUCCAUCCGAUCCAUCCCGUCCUGGAUCUGGCACCCCUAUAAAUUAUUCUAUAAUUAUAAGUAUGUUGAAAUGCAAGUUGGUUCUUUGCUCGUGGAGUUUUGCCCACAGGGCGCAUUCAGCUUAUCUCAUUCCUCUAGUCCCAUGUCUAACUUCCGCCGCUACCUCUCCAGACGGCGUCGCGUAUAUCGGUCCCGGCGGCACCGGACUUUGCCGGCAGUGUAAAAGGGCAGUAGUUUUCUCAGAGGAGAAGGGGAAGCACACAAUGGACUUAUUUAAAAGUCCGGAAGAGAAACCCAAAAUUUAUGGGAGGUUCUUGGAUUUGAUUUUUUCGGUGGAUUUGAUUUUUUCUUUGAGAGUGAGAUUGAGAGAAUCAAUCGAGGAUAAGCAGAAAGGCAAAGUCAAGCUCAAGAAGGAUACUGACAACCUCUCUCAUCCUUUUUCUCCUCUCUCUCUCUCUCUCUCUAGAAAUCCGUACGAAGCCACACUAUCGACCUCUAACACCGAAAAAGUCCCGGACGGCGGUUGCCAAUGUCUAGGAGUCCUAGUCCUGCGAAGAGUCCGCCUAAGCUGGCGAGCGCGUCAAAAUCACCAGGAGCGCGAAAUAGGUCUUUGAGUCGUGAUCCAAGUUCAGCUGCGAUAAGGGCGCAAACCGAAGCGUUCAGGACCAGACCUAGCUUACAUAAAAGCUGAUAAAAGCUGUCGUGUAGAAAGCUUAAGACAGAUAAUCUUUUGAAGAUGAAGUGUAGAAAGCUUAAAGCUGAAGUGUAGACACAGCUCGACAACAGAGGAAGUGUAGAGAACCUACAACGUACUACUGCUGGAAAUGAAAACUUCUACUAGUACCAGUCUAACAAACUAUAAUUAAUACUCUUGUAGUUACAGUCUUAUACAUCGGGCUCUUAUACAGAAAUUGAAGCAUACAACUCUGUCUCUUACUCACAUACGACAAAAUUUGGAAAAUAGGAAUCAUACACUCUCUUGGAAUUCGUAUGGGUGAUAGACUACUAGACACAAUGUGAAUCACUCAUGUACAUAAUCUUAGCCAUAUUCUGUAGAAAAACUCAAUCUAAAACUCUCUUUUUCUUGCUCUUUUGUCAAAAAUGGUAAUUUGAAGCUUUUCGCUUCCCUUUUCAGUACUAUAUUGCACAGCUGCUUGCACAGAAUUUAAAUGAAUAGUUACGAACACGAACAGUAAUAUGUAGUUCUUCGAAUAGUAGAAGUUCUUCGUGAAAUUGACUUGCUGAAAUGCAAGGUCAGUCCGUGAUGAUAGAUGUUGUUCGUUUUGCUGAUCUGAUCUCUAUCAAAGCAGGUGUUGGAAAAAAAGAGAUGUGCAGUGAGGC